AUGACCACCACGAGAAAGGCAGCCAAGCAGUCCGCCUUGGUCAAAUAUUACCUUGUCACUUACAACGUCCUGUCCACUCUCGGCUGGUCAUGGAUCCUUGUCCUGACCCUUGUCCACUUAUUCAACCUUGACGGCAAAUCUGCUGCCAUUCAGCCAACCACUGCCUCCGCCUUUUCUCGCAUCCUCACUUCCCUGCCAUUCGUCCACGCUGAAAAAAUUUAUCCUUCUUAUGUCGAGUCCCGGCUGCCCCAUUUUCUGCAACCCGUCUAUCGUCGCGCAACGACGACGUACUGGCGGGUUGGGGCUGUCACCGCGUUCGUGCAAUCAUGCGCUAUCCUCGAAGUCGUACAUGUCCUGCUCGGCUGGGUGCGUAGUCCAUUGUCAACGACCGCCAUGCAAGUCGCCAGCAGACUGUACGCUAUUUGGGGUGUCACCGAGCCAUUCCAACGCGUCUGCUCGAAUCCUCUCUAUACGACCAUGGUGUUCGCCUGGUCUGCCACUGAGGUCGUCCGCUACUCUUUCUAUGCAUCCACCCUUCUCGGUCAUGAACCCAAACAGCUGCUCUACCUGCGGUAUACCCUCUUCUACGUCCUUUAUCCUCUUGGUGCUUCCUCUGAAGCUUUCCUCAACUAUGCCACACUUCCCACUUCCUCUCCAAUACCUAGUUGGUUGUCAUGGGCACAGGGUAUGUGGAAACCCACAGACUACGUCCGUGGUCUUUUGUUCUUGACCUGGUGGCCAGGUCUGUAUGUCAUGUAUACGCACAUGAUCGUUCAGAGGCGAAAAGUCUUGGGUCCUGGGAAAGGCGCAAAAGCGAAUUAA